AUGCAGUUCAACAUCGUCGCCGUUGCCCUUGCCGCUCUCGUGGCCUCUGCUGCUGCCCAGAACGCUACCGUCACUGGUGGUUCAAACUCCACCAACGCUACAACCUCUGCCACCCCCACCGCUAACCCAGAGACCGGCUCUGCCUUCAACAACGCCGUCUCCGGCGGUAUGUUGGGAGCCGUUGUCGCCGCUGGCCUUGUCUUGGUCUUGUAA